CGUGCUGGUGGAUGCUCUUCUCUCUGACGCUCAUCCUGUCGAGGCUCCACCGACAUUUCUCCAUCAUGUUCAGCUCAGACAGACUCACAGUGCCAGAAUAUGUCAGCCGGCUCCAGAGAGGGAAGAGCAGCUCAGCUCCCGACCCGAGAGCAGUCUCUCCGGGGAUCAGCGCCGAUGUCCAGGCGGUUUUGGACACCGCACUCCCCGCCCUCCGCUGCGCCAUCAGAAGGUUGAAGUCAUCCAAAGAUACAUCAGACUCAGAUGAGAUCCGCAGAGCCAUAGCGGAGAUCUACCAGCUGGUGGAGGAGGCCUGGGUUUUACCCUCCCUAGGCCGUCAGGUGGCCGAAGAGAUCUGCAACAGGAUCCGGCUGGAUGGAGGCCUGGAGCUGCUGCUACAGCUCCAGCAGACACCUGCUGUGGAGAUCACCUAUGAGUCUGCAAAACUGCUGGAGCAGAUACUGGUCUCAGACAACAGGGAUUAUGUAGCACGUAUGGGGUUAGGGGUCAUCCUCAACCUGACCCAACAGCAGGAAGACGCUCAGCUGGCUCGCAGUGUUUCAGGGAUCCUGGAGCACAUGUUCAAACACACUGAGGAGACGUCCGUCCACCUCAUCACUAAUGGUGCCCUGGAUGCCCUCCUCUUCUGGUGCCGGGGCACAGAUCCCACUGUGCUGCGCCACUGUGCUGUGGCCCUUGCUAACUGUGCCAUGUAUGGGGGUCACCGUUGCCAACGAUGGAUGAUUGAGAAACAGGCAGCAGAGUGGCUUUUCCCGCUGGCUUUCUCCAAAGAGGAUGAACUCAUUCGCUUCCAUGCAUGCCUGGCUGUGACUGUGUUAGCCACAAACAGAGAGAUUGAGAAAGAAGUGGUGAAAUCUGGAACCUUGGAGCUGGUGGAGCCGUUCAUUGCGUCUUUGGAUCCGGAUGAGUUUGCCCGCAGUUUGUUGGACAGUGCAGACUGCAUGCAGGGGAAGACAGCAUCUGAUCUGCAGCAUCUUUUACCUUUACUGGAUGGCACAAGACUGGAGGGGAAGUGCAUUGCAGCCUUUUACCUUUGUGUUGAGGCCAGCAUCAAAUCCCGUCAGCGUAACACCAAGAUUUUUCAGCAGAUUGGAGCAGUGCAGAGCCUCAAAAGAAUCGUCAUGUACUCCAGUAACGGCACAGCCUGCGCCCUUGCCAAGCGGGCACUGAGAAUGAUGGGAGAGGAAGUGCCGAGACGCAUGUUGUCAUGUGUGCCCAACUGGAAAACCUGUGAAGUACAAACCUGGCUGCAGCAGGUUGGCUUCAGUGCCUUUUGUGACCGUUUCCAGGAGCUGCAGGUGGAUGGAGACCUCCUGCUGCACAUCACAGACGAGGAUCUGAAGACUGAUCUGGGCAUGAAUGCUGGCCUCACUCGUAAGAGGUUCCUGAGAGACCUGCGUGUGUUGAAGACUUACGCCAACUACUCCACAUGUGACCCAAACAAUAUUGCUGACUGGUUAGCUGGGGUGGACCCUUGUUUCCGCCAGUACACCUAUGGCCUGGUGCAGUCAGGAGUGGAUCGUAGCAACAUCCAGCGCCUGACUGAUCAGCAGCUUGGGCAGGACUGUCACAUUGGCAACGGAGUCCACAGGGCAAAGAUCCUGGAUGCUAGUCGUAGGCCCCUAAGACCCUGCCACACGGAUGCACAACCUACAGGGCCGGAUGUGUUCAUCAGCUACCGUCGGACUACCGGCUCACAGUUGGCCAGCCUUCUGAAGGUGCACCUGCAGGUUCGGGGAUACAGCGUCUUCAUCGAUGUGGAGAAGUUGGAGGCUGGCAAAUUCCAGGACAAACUGAUUCAGAGCGUCCAGCGGGCACGUAACUUCAUCUUGGUCCUGUCUGCAAACGCACUCGACAAGUGCAUGGGUGACACUGCCAUGAAGGACUGGGUGCAUAAGGAGAUCGUCACAGCCUUGGCUGGUAAGAAGAACAUAGUUCCUGUCACAGAUAAUUUCGCAUGGCCUGACCCCAUGUCACUGCCGGAGGACAUGAGAUCAAUUCUCAACUUCAACGGUAUCAAAUGGUCCCAUGAAUAUCAGGAGGCCACGAUCGAGAAGAUCCUACGCUUUCUGAAAGGAAACCAAGACCUAAUUGAUGGACCAGGCUGCUCCAAAGAACAGAAAAAAAAUAAAGAGACAUAAACGGAGUUUGACCUCAGCUAUAAUCACUCUCAAAUGAUGCCAAAUCCCACAUGGCCUAUUGGUGACCUGGCGGGCAGCUUUCCCUAUUCUGCCCAAAUGCAUGUGAAGCGAUUUGAUUAUGUUUAGAUGCUUACAGAAUGACCUAAUAUAGUGCGAACAAUAAGUGAAAUUUAAGCAAAGGGUCCAGAUUGUGUGUAAUAAACUCUAAGCCUUUAAUGUUAGUACCCUCAUAUGUGUAAUCAGGUG